UACAAUAAGUAGAUUCAAGGAAAACUGUAGUUUUAAGCGUUUUAUAAAAUGUUGAUCAAUGAAAUUCCCGAUGAUUGUUUACUCACCAUUUUUGAUCAUUUGGUUAACGCACAUGAUCUAAUAAACUGCUAUAAGGUGUGCGCCAAAUGGAGCUAUUUAAUUGCUAAGCGGACUAAAAAAGUUAAAUAUUUGAUCCGUUGGCCUUUUCAUCCAUCUGAUGCUGUUUAUUAUGAUACAUUACGUUCGAUUGAUUCAACCUGUCUGAGUAUAUUAUUUACAAAUUUAAUAAUUGUUGAUGUGCCAGAUUUUCAAUAUAAAGAUGCUAUUAAAUUUUUGAAAAAACAAGAAUCUUUGAAAGGAUUAAUCAAUGAUACUAUUAAACCAAUGGAAGCAUAUUGUUAUAAUACUAGUAUACUCGAAAUGCUAUCUGUCUAUUAUUUCAAUCCAAACAAUUUACGAAAUGGUUCCAGUUUAAAGCAAUUGGAUGUUGGGGGUUAUAGUCUAGAGGCUUUGGGAAGAGAUGCACAUUAUUUGCCAAACCUUGAAAGACUAAGGAUUCAAAUUGAUGUUCCAGACAAACACUACGAUGGUCCAGUAUUGGAAAAGCUCAAAAUUCUUGAGUUACAUUACGAAGGCCAUGGAAAAAUUUUUUAUGGUUUCCAGUUGAUGGAUUCAUGUCCAAAUUUACAAAGUGCUCAUAUUUUCAUGCGCCCUGAUACUUGGGUUUUUGAUGAAACAUUGAAACACAAAUGUUUGCGAGAUUUAGUUAUACAAUAUUAUGGAUCCGCAUGCAAAAAUGGAAAUAAUAACUUGAUUGAUUUGCAAAGAUUGCUUAUGAAAUAUCCGAAUCUCAAACAUCUUGCAUUGAGGGACACUUGGAAUAUAAAAGAUGAACAUAUAGAGCAAUUGGUUCACAUUUUACCCAAUUUAGUGCUAUGGGAUGUUAGAAAGUGUGCCGGUGUCACUCGAAGAGCUGCUGAUUAUGUUAAAGAUUAUUGUAAAAGAUAUGGACGAUCAAUCGUAUUUUACUACAAUGGGAAUGGCAAUGAAAUCAAAUCAGAUUGGCUUCAAUUAUCCACUAAACCCCAAAAAAUUAGUCGCGGCUUUGAUUUCAUGAAACAUUGCUUUCUCAAAGACUUUCGUUUCCUCUCACCUUUAUUGAUUCCAAUUGAUUAUUGAAAAGUAUUUGUUAAUAUAUUUGUUAUUUUGUACCUCGGAAGCCCAUUCGAAGAGUUCCAACUUAAUCUCUAUUAUUCAUCCUUUUUAUUUCUAGUGGAUAUUAUCUAUUGUCUAACCUAAAGAAAUGUCUUUGUGGUCAAAGGAUUUAUAUCCGUAGAUAACUUUCAACGACGUUAGAAAAAUAAUGAUCAUAGGUAGAGAUUGUAGCUAUUUCUAAAUAAAAUAAAAAUUUAUU